GUCGUUCGAAUAUUCGUAUUUAUGUUCUAUGCAAAGAGUACAGGUAGUUAUAGUACACUUGAUUCUAUCAGAGAAUAUUCUAUGGUUCUAUGUUCGUCUUUCUCACUCUUACUAUUUUCAUGUUAUUGUAAUUUAUUUCGAAAUUGGUAAUUCUUUUCGAAAUUUGUAAAAUAAUAAUGGUUAGUUUCAAUAGAAUAUCAUUAUUAGACCCAGAAAGUAUGACACGAUUAUAAGUUGAAGAAGAACGAGGUAGCCAAAUCAACAUCUUUUUGAAAAAUGGGACGUUACCUUCUAUUUUCAAGAAUAUCUGCUACAUUAUUCAGAAUGGUUUUGAGAGUUUGGGCCUACUCAGGUCUUGUUUUGGUAUUUUGUUUUUUAGUGUAUUAUAUGUAUGGUGGAAUAUUUGCCAUAUUAUUAUUGUCUUUUGCUGUCACAGGUAUUUUAUACCAAGUUCAAGAUAAUCUGAUAUAUACUCCAGAGUUACCAAAUCACUCCAGAGUUUUUGUACCCAUACCAUCCACAUUCAAUCUUCCACAUGAGAGUAUAAUGACAAAGACAGCGGAUGGCACCCAAAUUCAUAUGUAUUUUAUACAUCAACCGAAAGAAAAACAACGAGUUGCCCCUACAAUAAUAUUUUUUCAUGGCAAUGCUGGAAAUAUGGGUCACCGAUUACAAAACUGUGUAGGGUUGUACCACAACCUCCACUGCAACAUUCUUUUAGUUGAAUAUAGGGGGUAUGGGCUUUCAGAAGGCAGCCCUUCAGAAGAAGGACUGUAUAUGGAUGCUAGAGCUAGCAUUGAUUAUUUAUAUUCUCGAAAUGAUAUAAUUCAUUCAGCAAUCAUUGUGUUUGGACGAUCUCUGGGUGGUGCUGUAGCUAUAGAUUUAGCUACAAGAAAAGAGUAUGCCGGUAAAAUAUGGUGCUUGAUUGUAGAGAAUACGUUUACUAGCAUUCCACACAUGGCAAAAGUACUGUUAGGGUGGCGAAUUCUUCAGUAUUUUCCUCUGUUUUUUUAUAAAAAUAAGUUCGUGUCAUAUCAGAAGGUGAAAGAAUUAAGAGUUCCUACUCUUUUUGUAUCGGGAUUGGCUGACACAUUGGUUCCGCCCCAGAUGAUGAAAGAAUUGCAUAUGAGCUGUAGUAGCUCUAGGAAAAAUCUUUUACAAAUUCCAGCUGGUACCCACAAUGAAACCUGGCAAAUUCAAGGGUAUUAUCGCUCUUUGGCUGUGUUCUUACAAAGUUGUAGGUUAGAAAAUAAUAUUAAAAAAGACUUUGAUAUUAAAGUUGAAAACGAAAAAACGCAAAGUAAUAGUUUAUGGAAUAAUGUACAAACUAUAUAAUUUAUAAAUGCAUUUUUGUAAAUAGUUUAAAACUACGAUUUUUAAAAAUAGCAAUUUUUAUUCAAUUCCUGUUUUUAUUCAA